AUGGUCCAAUCGAAAGACGACAAAAUUCAGCGCGGUCCAAAGAGCAACGGACCGCUUCCCGUGAGUUUGGCUCGAUACACUCUGGAGAAAUUGCGCCAGCACGGAGACGCAGUUGCUCUGGUGUACCCAGAGCUGGGGGGCAGGCAGCUGACGUUCGGAGAGCUGGCGCGGCGGUCAGUGGUGGCGGCGAGCCAGCUGAGGCGGCUCGGACUGCGCGCGGGCGACGUGCUGGCCGUGGCGAGCCUCGGAGCGCCGCACUUCACGCCGCUCUUCGUGGGCGGGCUGCUGGUCGGCGCCGUCGUCGCGCCCUUCAAUCCCGGCUUCGAUGACGACGAGAUGCGACACGUGCUGGGAUUGCUGAAGCCAUGUGUGCUGAUUGCCGACGCGCCAAACGCCUUGUACGAGAAGUGUGCGGCUACAGUGGUCAGCGGUGCAGACAUGGACGAGUGGCUCGAGGACAAAGCCGGUGGCGACGUCGACGUCGACCCACCGGUGGGGGCGGCGCAGCUGGACUCUCCAGCCGUGGUGCUCUGCUCAUCUGGCACCACUGGCCACCCCAAGGGCGUAGAGAUCUCUCACAGGGCUCUGCUCCAUCUGCUCACUGUAGACAACGAGGAAGGAAUGAUGAUAAACGCUGCUUUUGGCUCGUUCCUGCUUCUGUCGCCUGUCUUCUGGGUUUCGUCAAUAAUGGUGCAAUUACUGUGCCUCAACUCCGGGGCUAAGAUCGUUGCCUUGCUAAGAUUCGACGAACAGCUAUUUCUGAAGGUCCUGCGAGAGUACAACGUAGUUAACACGACCAUGCCUCCAUACCUCGGGGUGAAGUUAUGCAAAAUGAAUCCCCGGCCUGACCUGGCUCCGCUGAAGUUCAUCAUGUUCGGAGGGUCAGUGAUGGACCCUGACUCGCAAGCGGAGGUGCAGAGCAAGUACAACGUCACGGUAGCGCAGGUGUACGGCAUGACGGAGAUGCUCAUGACCAUGGGCUGCGACUAUACAAAGCCUACGCCGCUAGGCUCCGUGGGACAACCGAGGCGGGACGUCGAAGUCAAGGUGGUGGACACCCAAACAGGGCAGUCACUGGGUCCCAGGCAGGAGGGCGAGCUGUGCUUCCGCGGUCCGACGGUGACCCGCGGCUACUACGACGACCCCGCCGCCACCGCUGCAGCCUUCGACGCGGAUGGCUGGUUCCACACCGGAGAUAUUGGCUACUACGACGACGACGGCUUCUUCUUCAUAACCGACCGCAUCAAAGACUUCAUAAAGUACAAAGGACAUCACGUGCCAUCUGCGCAGCUGGAGGCGCUCCUGUGCCGACACCCGGCCGUGCUGGAGGCGGCGGUGGUGGGGGUGCCGGACCCUCUGGCUGCAGAGCUGCCCAGGGCCUACGUGGUGCUGAAGCCAGGCGAGCCCGCCUCUGAGGACCAAGUGGCACACUUCGUCGACAGUCAAGUUUCCGAUCACAAGAAAUUACGAGGCGGAGUGUUCUUCAUCGACAGGCUACCAAGGACUGCUGCAGGAAAAAUUUCUAAAAAGCUGCUGAUAGAAGAACUGAAGAAGCGAGAAAGUGCAGCGACAACUGAUUAACUACUAAAUACAUACGUGAUGGGUGAGAGGGACGGAUUCCUUGUUAUGCCUUGCGUAUGAACUGUUUUGACGUCACACGUAAAGUACCUGAAAAAAGUAAGCUGGUUUGUUGGGUGUAAUGACUUGAGGCGCAUAUACUUCUUCUGAAGCGUUUAUUCUCAUCAAUUUGGCUUAUUUAUAAUAUUCUGUUCAUCGACAAUAUACUUGUUCUAAGACAGAAGAAGCUACUUGGACUUUUA